CUUGUCUGAGCCCACAGAUAGCAUCGGUUCAUCAUGGGUGAAUUCCUGCAGCAGUUCCUCUCUUGCCUCGGGGGCAUCACUUGUCUCAUUUUCCUGGUGAAAUGCGUCCGGCUUUUGAAAUAUUUCUCUCCGCUUGUAUGGAGUACUGUGCCUGAGUCUUUUUUUCGGUCAAUGGGAGAAUGGGCAGUGAUCACAGGAUCUGGCGACGGGAUUGGAAAAGCCUAUUCCUUUGAGCUUGCCAGACGUGGAUUAAAUAUUGUUUUGAUUAGCAGAACACUAACAAAAAUGCAGAAGGUAGCCUCUGAAAUUGAGCAGUCCACAGGGAGAAAAGUGAAAAUUAUACAAGCUGACUUUACCAGAAGGAACGUCUACAAUGACAUUGAAGAAAGCCUUCAAGGAUUAGAAAUUGGAAUUUUGGUUAACAAUGUUGGGAUGCUUCCCAGCCCCUUUCCAGCCCGUUUUCUUAACGGACCAGAGAAUGACGAGGGCAUCAUCAACUGCAACAUCUUCUCUGUCACCAAGAUGACACGGAUGAUUUUGAAACAGAUGGUGUCAAGACAAAAGGGACUGAUUCUCAACCUCUCUUCUGCCACAGGCACCUUUGUCUGUCCAUUAUAUACAGUCUAUUCUGCCUCUAAGGCUUUUGUAUAUAUGUUUUCCAAAGCGCUUCAAGCAGAAUAUAAAGGAAAGGGAAUUAUCAUACAGGCUUUGACUCCUUUUGGUGUCUCUACUCCAAUGAGCAACUGGGCAAAGACCAACCUCUUCAUAAAGUCAGCAGAAGACUUUGCUAGACAAUCGCUGGAAUAUGUCACAUUUGGCGAUGAGACGUGUGGAUCCUUAGCUCAUGAAUUCUUGGCAAGGUUCAUAAAGUCCAUUCCUGUAUGGAUCAUCCACAGUGACCGAUUACAAGAGACUGUACUAGUUAAGUUUGCAGAAAAAGUGAAGAAGAAUGGGAAGAGUACCUGAGAAAGCCUUCUUUGGAGCUUAUGUCCCUGCAGAUUCUGUCUGGAUUGUCUGCUAUGAAUAUGCCAGCAGUGAGCUUGAUUCGUUGAAAGGCUUUCAUUAUGAGUAAGAAGAGCCCUUCAACCUCUGUCUUUUUUUUCUUUUUUCUUUCUUUUUUGGUCCUGUUUCAAUGCCAUAUAUUAAGUACUUCUGCUUCUGUAGUCCCUUUGGAGCCAGAGUUUACAAGAUGGCGCGUGCUCAGAUGUAAUUUGAUUUUUGCAACAUUGAUUUUGAUGUUGAUUUGAUCUUAACAUUGAUCCCCACAAUGUAGUAAUGUUCUGAAAGAAUUACUACAUCUGAAAGAAUUAAAAUGUAAAAAUAUGAAGAGAGUUUUUGAGCAGAUGGUGGAGGACAGGAGGCGGCUUGAAGAGCAUGUUCAGAAGCUCUUCCCACCAGCAUGGGUGAGAAACAGGUUCAUCAACCUAAUGACUUCCAGAUGUUUUGGUCUAAAGCAAAGGGUUGGACUCUAUUAGUUAUUAGGAUGAGCAAGCAAGAGAAGUAAGUGCAUUGUGGGACCAUUGUCAACAAAUCUUAGCUGUAUGAUCAUAUGACUUAAUAAAUUUUAAUUAUUGGAUUAAAGUUGCAUGUGGACACAAACAAAUGUCCUGAAUCAGGUUGCACAAUUUCUCUGCUUGAAGCUAAUAUGAAACAUGUUUCAUAGUAGGCGCCAUCUUAGAAGAACUGCUUCUUUUAAAACGGUAUUUUCUACAUGCAGUUACCGAGAUUUGUAUUCAAAUGAUAUAUA